AUGGCUGAGCAUCGUGAUCAGCAUUCGAGGAUUAGAGCCAACCUCCUCACCAACGUUGCUGGUCGCGUCACCCCCUUGAUUCGGGCCCGGGGAUGGAAACUUGGCACUCUGUACGAAGUAUACCCAGACGACACGAACCUCCUGGGUCUCAAUUACAACCAGGGAGAGAGGAUCUUUAUCCGUCUGCGGAGUGCGAUAAAUGAAUAUCUACCGCUGCCUGAAAUCAUCGAUAUAAUGCUGCACGAACUCGCCCACGUCGAGCAUCCCAACCAUGGACCUGAAUUUGUUAUGCUGUGGGAGCAGCUGCGGUGGGAGUUUGGAUAUAAUUCUGGCAAUGGGAAUCGUCAAGAUCACUCGGGGAUUCAUAUCUCCGACCAGCUCAUCAUUCCAGACAAAACGGAUGCCAACACAACAGUCUGUCCCAUUUGA